AUGGCCGACUUCAACACGGCUUUCCUCCUCGCUUCCUUUCUUCUCUCUCAUCCGGCGCUGGGCACGGUGAAUUUCAUCUUCUCCCCCGUGACAUCCCAGAAGACCUUCCUCACGGGUCUGGGGACCUGCAUCACCAACAACGUGGCGAACAACGCUGCCCUGGAUGCGGCCUCCCAGGCCCGUUACGCCGUCUGUGCCACUACUCUCAGCGUGGUCAGGCGGGGGCUCAAAAAUCGCGAACUUCGGAGCGUACUACAGCGGCAGGAACUGCAUCUCCGCCGCCAACAACCAAGCCACGGCAGCCACGGCAGCCGCAACCAACUCAACCACGGCAGCCGCAACCGCUUCAACCGCCGCGACCACUACGAAAUCUUCAGGCACUGGAUGAAGUCGCCGCUUCGUUCAUGCAUUUCGACUUUGUAUCGUAUGUUUCCGUCCCGGCACAAAAUUGGCUUCACUAUUCCUCCCACUGAUUUUGGACCUGUCUCAGAUCUGUCCCUGACCUGUCUCAGACCUGUCCCAGACCUGUCCCAGACCUGUCCCAGACCUGUAUCACACCUGUCUCAGACCUGUCCCACACCUGUCCUUUGA